GAGAAAGAGCUUCAGUCCAGACGCUAGAGAAACCAAAGUUGGACGUUCGGACGUUUAGGCUUCCGCAGAGAGAACAUUGUCCUUUAAUUCUGGCUCCAACACUGACAGAGAAGAAUGUAUGCAAAUACGGUUUAUGUCGGUCUUCCGUCAUCUUAAAUCAGAUGGCUUCGCAAGGUUUGGAACUGAUGGUAGCAUUUCUUAAGUCGGCGACGGACCGACUUUACCUCAAAUUGAUCCGAAAACAACACAUCUUUGUGUAUGGACAUUAGUCCAGUGGCUUUGCGUGGCUGAAUUAGCCGCACAAUCAGAUUUCCUUUUUUAAUCAAAAUCUUUAAAAAAAUGCUUUACUGUGAAGAGCAAUAUGUUUAUCAACAAAAUCGAAAAAUCUUCCAUUCCUCUAAAGCAAUACUUUGCGAAAGGAACUUGCUAUCAAUGUUAAUAAACGUUCAUUAAACUCGCCUGUCUACCUUGGUUUGACGCAUUCGUUAAGGAGAAGACGGGGAGCUCUCCAACUUUUCAGCUUUUUGUUCGGAGUCCGAUGCGCAGCGGUGGAGACGGUUGGGGAAACUCUGUUCUCAGCCUGCUGAACGGGCGUUGAAGUUCCGCUCAGCGACAGGAUGGAUGCGAACGGCGGUAAAGUGGCGACGGUGUCGCUGGCCGCCGGUGGAAACGCGAAGGCGCCCAAACAUUUAUGGAGGCAACAGCACCAUCCCUCCCUACCACCCCACCACCAUCCGCUGGGGACUAGAAACCACUACCGCGUUAGACAGAGAGGAUUCUCGGACACGGAGAGGUACCUGCGUCCCGGUACAGUGGACCGCACCUACGCGGUUGACACGGGACAUCGACCCGGACUGAAAAAAUCCAGAAUGUCAUGGCCAUCUUCCUUUCAGGGACUCAAACGUUUCGACGUGGACAAUGGCACGUGUGCGGGCCGGAGCCCUCUGGACCCCAUGGCCAGCCCAGGAUCCGGUCUGGUCCUGCAGGCCAACUUCGUCCACAACCAGCGGCGCGAGUCCUUCCUGUACCGCUCCGACAGCGACUACGACCUGUCGCCCAAGUCCAUGUCCCGCAACUCGUCCAUCGCCAGCGACAUCCAUGGAGAUGACAUGAUUGUGACUCCGUUUGCGCAGGUCCUGGCCAGCCUGCGAACGGUACGGAACAAUUUUGCCGCGUUGACCAACGUGCAGCAGGACAGAGCGUCCAACAAGAGAUCACCCAUGUGCAAUCAGCCAACCAUCACCAAGACUUCCUUUACAGAGGAUGGCUACCAGAAGCUGGCCACCGACACCAUGGAGGAGCUGGACUGGUGCCUGGACCAGCUGGAGACCCUGCAGACCCGCCACUCCGUCAGCGAGAUGGCGUCCAAUAAGUUCAAGAGAAUGUUGAACCGGGAGCUCAGCCACCUGUCGGAGAUGAGCCGGUCUGGGAACCAGGUCUCCGAGUUCAUCUCCAGCACCUUCCUGGAUAAGCAGCACGAGGUGGAGAUGCCGUCUCCGCAGACGCAGAAAGAGAAGGAGAAGAAGAAGAGGCCCAUGUCACAGAUCAGCGGGGUGAAGAAGCUGACCCACAGCUCCAGCCUGACCAACUCCAACAUCCCCCGCUUCGGUGUCAAGACCGAGGCGGAGGACGAGCUGGCCAAGGAGAUAGAAGACAUAAACAAAUGGGGCCUUAAUGUUUUUAAAGUCUCUGAGUUUUCAGGGAACAGACCCUUAACAGUUAUAAUGUACACAAUAUUCCAGGAAAGAGACCUGUUGAAAACAUUCAGAAUUCCAUUAGACACCUUUAUAACUUACCUGAUGACUUUAGAAGACCACUACCACGGUGAUGUUGCGUAUCACAACAACAUCCAUGCUGCAGAUGUCACACAGUCUACCCAUGUACUGCUGUCCACCCCUGGAUUAGAGGCGGUGUUCACAGACCUGGAGAUUCUCGCCGCCAUUUUUGCCAGUGCCAUUCACGACGUGGACCACCCCGGCGUCUCCAACCAGUUCCUCAUCAGCACCAACUCUGAGUUGGCUCUCAUGUACAACGAUGCUUCCGUGUUGGAAAACCACCACCUGGCUGUGGGCUUCAAGCUCCUGCAGGAGGAGAACUGCGACAUCUUCCAGAACCUCAGCAAGAAGCAGAGGCAGUCCCUGCGCAAGAUGGUCAUCGACAUCGUUCUCGCGACUGACAUGUCCAAACACAUGAACCUCCUGGCGGACCUGAAGACCAUGGUGGAGACCAAGAAGGUGACCAGCUCAGGAGUGCUGCUGCUGGACAACUACUCAGACAGGAUACAGGUCCUGCAGAACAUGGUGCACUGCGCCGACCUGAGCAACCCCACCAAGCCGCUGCAGCUGUACCGGCAGUGGACCGACCGCAUCAUGGAGGAGUUCUUCAGCCAGGGCGACCGCGAGCGCGACCGCGGCAUGGAGAUCAGCCCCAUGUGCGACAAGCACAACGCCUCGGUGGAGAAGAGCCAGGUGGGGUUCAUAGACUACAUCGUGCACCCCCUGUGGGAGACGUGGGGGGACCUGGUGCACCCCGACGCCCAGGACAUGCUGGACACCCUGGAGGAGAACCGGGAGUGGUACCAGGCCACCAUCCCCCAGAGCCCGUCCCCCACCCUGGAGCCGGCUGACGGGGCCCGGCCCGGGGCCCCCGACAAGUUCCAGUUCGAGCUGACGCUGGAGGAGGACGGCGAGUCGGACACGGAGAAGGACAGCGGCAGCCACGCCGAGGAAGAGGAGGAGGAAGAGGAGGAGGAGGAGGAGGAUGAGGAGGAGGAGGAGGAAGAGGACAACAGCUGCAGCGACUCGAAGACGAUCUGCACGCAGAACUCGACCGAGAUCCCGCUGGACGAGCAGGCCGAGGAAGAGGAGGAGGUCUGCGACGAGGAAGAGCAGGCGGUCCCCUCUGAGCCAGUCGUGGUGGAGGAGGAAGAGGAGGAGGAGGAGGAGGAGGAAGAGGAGUAUGACAAACCUGCAGGCACGUAACGGCUGGAGGACAGCCGCAUCCGGAAUGUAUGUUGGGAAUCGCAAAAGGACAAAACCGAUAACAGACUUGUGAAGAUUAUUUUUGUUGGUUUGCUUUCAUCAUGUUUAUGUUUGUAAUUCUUAUUUAAAGAUUUUUAAUAACGGUUCCAAAGCGCAAGUUGCACUCCACCAUCUUUAAAUACGCCUCACAGCAGACACGUGCCCGACUGCCCACACCUGAAUGACCAUGCCUGGCUGGUCACACCGACUGCCCACACCUGAAUGACCAUGCCUGGCUGGUCACACCGACUGACCACACCUGAAUGACCAUGCCUGGCUGGUCACACCGACUGACCACACCUGAAUGACCAUGCCUGGCUGGUCACACCGACUGACCACACCUGAAUGACCAUGCCUGGCUGGUCACACCGACUGACCACACCUGAAUGACCAUGCCUGGCUGGUCACACCGACUGACCACACACGACGACCCACGCAUGGCUGGCCAUGCCCACCUGACCAUGCUCACUGACCAUGCUCACUGACCGUGCUCACUGACAAUGCUCACUGACCAUGCUCACUGACUGCUGUCACUGGCCAGGCCUGGCUCCCCUGCGAUUUUGCACUCAGGAAUAUUUCUGAUCAUUAUUUUUUCUAAAUAUAUUUCCUUCUCUAUUGUUUCACAUGCUGUUAUUUUCCAUUUCUCUCCUCAAAACUAUUGGUCAGUGGGCUGGGAGUUGCGCAGGAGACCAGUAGGCCGGGGGUUGGGCAGUAGGCUGAUGGUUGGGCAGUAGGCUGGUGGUUGGGCAGUAGGCUGGGGGUUGGGCAGUAGGCUGGUGGUUGGGCAGUAGGCUGGGGGUUGGGCAGUAGGCUGGUGGUUGGGCAGUAGGCUGAGGGUUGGGCAGUAGGCUGGUGGUUGGGCAGUAGGCUGAGGGUUGGGCAGUAGGCUGGUGGUUGGGCAGUAGGCUGGUGAUUGGGCAGUAGGCUGGUGGUUGGGCAGUAGGCUGGGGGUUGGGCAGUAGGCUGGUGGUUGGGCAGUAGGCUGGGGGUUGGGCAGUAGGCUGGUGGUUGGGCAGCUGGUCGGGUGUUAGCCAGUAGGCCAGUGGUUGGGCAGUUGGCCGGGGGUUGGGCAGUAGGCUGGUGGUUGGGCAGUUGGCCGGGGGUUAGGCAGUAGGCUGGUGGUUGGGCAGCUGGCCGGGUGUUAGCCAGUAGGCCAGUGGUUGGGCAGUUGGCCGGGGGUUGGGCAGUACACUGGGUGUUAGCCGUUAGGCUGGUGGUUGCGCAGUAGGCCAGGUGUUAGGCAGUAGGCUGAUGGGUGAGCAGUAUGUCAGGUGUUAGGCAGUAGGAGGGGGGUUGAGCAGUAGGCCGUUAGGCUGGUGGUUGCGCAGGGGGCCGUGGGUUCAGCUGUGCACCUGUGGUGUGUCGGUGGGCUGGUAGUUGGGCUAUAGGCUCGUAGAUGGGCAGUAGGCUGGUGGGUGGUCAGUUCUCUGUGGCUCACCAUGUUAAAAUAGUCUGUUUGCUUUGGCCCCUCUUUUCUUCCCAGUAAACACCUGGAGAUCCCAGUAGAGAGAGGGAGAGUAGAUGCUGUUUUAAUGCUCAUACGAAACUGAUCUGUCGUCUGAUGCCCAAUUGCUCUGACAGAUGAGAGGGAGAGAGAAGGAAGGAUUUUUUCACUUUCAUGAAGUUCAAGUCUUCCACAAAACCUGACAGAGUAAAAUUAGACAGCAACUGCGCUGUUUUGUCCUCUUCAGUUUUUUACAUUUUAUUUGUAAAUAAAAAUGGCACACUUUUAUAGAUUUUCCUUUAUUUAGGACAUACAUUUAUGGAGAUAUAUUUAAACAAUAUCAUCUGCCAUUGCUCCUUAGUGGUAAAAAAAAAAGUAACUUGCAAGUUUUCUGUCUGAGACUGAGUGUGUGCUGUUCACACCGCCAUCUGUUCUUUUAGUUUCUAUAAUAAACACAUUUCAUUUAU